AUGAGGAAGAAGGGAUUAAAGAUGAAUCCUUUAAAAUGUGUCUUUGGUGUAUCAGCUGGGAAUUUUCUAGGUUUUGUUAUUCAUAAAAAGGGAAUUGUAAUCGAUAAAAGCAAGGCCAAUGCAAUAUUAGCAUUGUCUGCGCCUAAAUCGAAAAAAGAAGUGCAGUCUUUUUUGGGAAAAGUGAAUUAUCUCCGAAGGUUCAUUUCGAAUCUUUUUGAUAGAACUCGAGUGUUUGCACCUUUAGUGAAACUAAAGAAUGAUUCGCAGAUCAAAUGGAUAAAUGAGCAUCAACAAGCAUUCGAUUCAAUAAAGGUUUAUUUAUCUAAGGCUCUGAUUAUGGCAAAUGUUCAUCCACAUGAGCCCUUAAAAUUAUACAUUGCAGCAUCUGCAAACACAAUUGGGUGUAUGCUAGCCCAAGAUGAUGAAAAUGGGCAUGAACGGUGCUAUAUGGUGGCUAAAACAGUAAAAGUGGUAGCACAAACUGAUCUCAUCAAAUAUAUAUUGAGUUUUCCAAUGUUACAAGGACGUUUAGAGAAAUGGAUGCUAGUCUUGACAGGAUUCGAUCUACAAUAUAUCCCGGCCAAAGCUGUGAAAGGUCAGGUCAUUGCAGAUUUCUUAGUUGAUAAUUCGAAUAAUCUGAAUGACCAGCAGGCAAAUGUACUGGACAUUAAAGUCGAUUAUUGGAAGUUAUAUUUUGAUAGAUUGAAGCACAAAGAUGGUGUAAGGUUUCUUUGGCUACUAUUUUUUUUUUUCAAAGAAACUAAUCUCGUUUCGAGGAUAGUGAGACUUGCUCUCUCAAUUGACAAAGUGCAUGUUCAGAGUAGUUACUAUGCAUCAAAGCUCCAUGUGAAGAUCUACAUAAAGGAAGUUGGGGAUUCCAAAAUUAGGUUGGUGAGUACUUGCCAGAUUACUUUGCAGUAUAUAAGUCAUCUCUCAUCUCAACCUAGCUAUUCUGUGAGUGAUGAGAUUAAUGGCGAAUUAGUAAGAUUGAAGUCAAUAGAGGAGCUUCUGAAUUGUGCAAAUGAGGGUUCUUAUUGGAUUCUGGCUAGUACAGUGCGUUUGGAUGUUGGAAAAGAUGAUUGGUUUUACAAGGGAUGUACCAGAUGUCUCCAGAAGCUAGAAGGUGCUGAACCAUCUUAUUGCAAGAAAUGUGAUCAAGCGGAUUCCAAUCCUCUUCUACGGUUUAGGUUUCAAGUGAUAGUGUCUGAUGGCCUCACUGGAAGAAUAACAUUGGUUCUGUGGGAUAGGGAAACCAUGCAAGUUGUUGGGAAGACAGCAACAGAGAUAAAAGAAAACUUUUUUGAUGAUGGUGAGGAUGCAGACACUUAUCCUAAAGCUCUUGAUUCAGUGAUAGAUACAAAGCUUCUAAUUAAAGUUGCUGUGUCAUCAAGGAACAUUAACGGUUAUGAUGAUGUCUAUAAUGUUAUGAGGAUAUCCGAUGAUGAACAAUUGAUUGCAAAAUUGGGCCAUGAUGCUGCUGUAAGUGAAUUUUUUAGAGGACAAAAUGCAUGUGUGAAUCAAUUUAUUCAUUGUCAUGAUUUUCAGGGUGUUGAUAAUAAUGUUAGUUGUCAAUAAUUUAUCCACAAAGUGACUGGUAGCAAGAAAGGAUAGAGAAUAGAAGACACUAAUAUUAUUUCCAACUUCGGUAACAGACUAACAGUAUACAAGUUAAACCAAGUGGGUCUCAACAAAUGAUCAGACACUCUUUGCUACUAAUUAAUUCUAACUAAUAUAUUCUUAAUCUUAACUAACCUUACUCUCACUAAUGGUAAGUAAUUCAUAUAUUAAUGUCAUCCUAACAUACUGUUGGCAAUAAUGACACAAGUUGGAUGAAGGAUUCAGUUAAUGACGAGUUUCAUACAACUUCUAGUUAGAAGACUCCAGCAAAGUGUGCAUCUUGAAUUGGGCCCUAAUAGUUAGCUGUCAAGUAACAAGGUGACGAGACUGAAUUAAACAAAGACAACUAUGUUGUGAGUGAUUAGUGUUGUUAGUAUUACUCUUUGUUGUAGAAUAUUAGAGAUAUUAUUUGUAAUCUAGUUAUUUCACUCAUCAGUUGUACUGUGGUGUCUUUUAAUUUGGUCCAAGCUAUCUUUGGAAGACCAAUAUUGUAAUAAUGUCUAUUCAGGUUGUGUUAACUUUUGUAGUAUCUAUGGGUGUGAACGCUUUUAAUAAUCCUAUAGUUGAGUUUAGAACUUGACCUCUUUUAUUACA